GGGGUAGAUCGGCGACUGGGUUCCGCGGGAGCACCUCGCAUAUUCGAGGGGCGCGUUUUCUCUGGCAAUGAAAAGGAUCGAUGCGGUUUCCGUGGUAACGGCACCGUCAGAGAGGUCGGAAUCGCGGAUGGUGGUGGACGGAGCCAUCGAGUGCGAAACUGAUGCAGUAACGACGUCGCCGUCGCCGAGAGCCGAGACACCGCUUUCGGAGGCGCUGUCAUUACACCCGCGUGUGCCCGUGUGACUUCGACCACCCCUCACGAACUAUUUAGGCUGCACAACGUCGCUGCGGGACGACGAACAGAAUGCGGAGGCGUCAGGUUCUCCGCUCCAGGAUAUCGGUAACAUGGACUCGCUCGAUAGCCAGGACAUCAAAAACGGAAGGAUGGUCGAGCAGCCGUCGCAACCUGGGAAACCGAGUGUUCCUCAGCUGCGACAAUGGAGCGAGAUGCCAAAGCACCUGCAGUUCAACCCCCACAUCCGCACCGGGUACAGGCCGCUUAUGACCGUCCGCCAAUGCCUUGGCAGCCUCUUUUAUAUCCACAAUGAAACCGUCAACAUCAUGACGCAUGGAUUCGCUAUCCUGUACAUGUUAUUGACGAUACCGCAACUUCUUCCAUGGAGCACCCAAGGUGCCUUCACAGAAAUAUUAUCAUGGUGUCACCUGAUCGGUGCCGUUAGUCCGUGGGUCGGUUCUUUCAUUUAUCAUCUUUUCAUGAACUUAAAUUACGAUGAAGUAUUCUAUAGAAAGCUGUUGAAACUAGACAUGAUUGGCAUAUGGCUGUGCCAAAGUUUUGGAGCGAUUCCUAUGAUGGCAGCAUCAGUUCACUGUCUACCAGAUAGUUAUUGGUACUGCUGUAUUUUCAUCUAUUGUUCCCUUUGUAUUUGGGGACUCCUUAAAGCAAUGCAUGCGCUUUCUCCGUGGGAGAGAAGAUUAUGCUUUGCACCUCCUUUCCUCAUGAGGAUGUUACUAAUGAUUUUACGAUGUUUUGGUAUUGGCGGAGGUUCCCCAGACGCAUUACUUCAUAUUAUACUACAGGACUUGAUAUCUGUCGUGGGAGCAACUAUUGGAGCAAUGCGCAUUCCUGAAAAAUGGAUUCCUGGCAAGUUAGACUUUGCAUUGAAUUCUCACAAUUUGAUGCAUGUGUUGGUUGUUUUAGCAGUGUGCUCCAUGCACGCAGCCACUCUGCAGGAUCUCGCUUGGAUGUCUGAAUCGUCGAUGUGCAAUGGAACGAGCUUCGUUUCGGCGAAGCAUGAUGAACUGUGAUUGAAUCGUGAAUACCAUUCACUGCAAUCUGUGAUAAAUUUGAGCCUAACAACAAACCAGCGACUACUCGUGCAGGUGUCUCACAAUCAGAGACCAGAAAUGCUUUAUAGCAGAAUGGCAAGAUCUUUUUAAAGUACACCUGUACAAUAAAUGAAAGAUAUGUACAUAAGAUGUACCAAAUUUUCAUACCAUAAAAAGUACGCGUACGCGACUUUUAUAAUGCGUGGAACAGUCUAAGUACAACCAUUAGUACAAAAUCGAACGUAUCAUAUCGUGAAUGAUAUAAAUUCAUGUGCCAGAUUAAGUUUCUGGCGAUAUUCCAGAGAUUUAUUAUGAGGUGUAAACAAUUACGUUGAUAGAAGCA